CCAGCCAUUGCCUGCUUUGCUGCCACACGAACAGAGCCGGUCUGGACAAACCAGACGCCCCCGACCAGGACGAACCCUAGGAUUGGCCCUCCUCUGCCCGCCGCCGCCCGAGGAAUCUCCGGCCACCGGAAUCCCUUCUCUCCUCCGUCCGGCGGAUCGGCUCCACCGUCCUUCCCAAAUCCUUGCCUCCGAGCUUCCCCUUUCUCCUCCGCGCCUUACGUCGCCCCCGACAACCGAGGUCACUGAUGCCGUCGUCCUCGCCUACAACGCCGCCGCCCGAACCUCCUCUCUUCCCACGCCGCCCACCGCCUUGAGCCCCUGAUCACUUCAGACGCCGCUGGCCCGCCUGCUUCACCUCCGAAUCCAAGGUAGCGCCAUCACCAUCAUUUCUUAGUUAUGCUGCUGAUCUAGCUGGUUUCCCUGGAGUGAAGUUUAGAAGUUUUUGCGCUGACCACUAGUUCUUAAGGACAUGUAUAAGAUCAAAUAUAUAUACUUGGUUUUGAACUUCGAAAGGAAGCUCAAAUUUUUGUUUCUAGAUGCCACUGUAAAUUGUUUUUGUUCCCAGAUGCCAUUGUAAACUGUUUGAUGAUGAUUUUCGUUGCUAGAUGUCAAUGUUGUUGCUUGAUGCUACAUUGCCACUGUUUGUUAGAUGUGGAAACUGAUUUAGACAUCUAGUAUUUUUUGUUUAUAUGUAAUAUUACAGGAAGUCAAGAUGAGUAAACGAAACAAGACACUGAAUUCUUUUUUUCAAGUUAUGCUGCUGAUCUAUGGAGUAAAUGGGUAUCUCGGAAAACAAGGGGAGGUGAUUGAGAGAUUCAUGGCAGUUGAGCAUGUUCCUGAUUGAGGAACAAAAUGAGUGAUGAUUGGAUGAAUCAUAGAAUGGUAUGUUACAUUGAGCGAGAUGCAUGUGUUAGUAUUGAAGAAUGAAAGGUCAUCAAGCGAUUUCAAGGUUAUCGCACACGCAAAGGCCUUUUGCCUCGUCCGACGUAAGUUUUCACUUUUGCAUUUGUUAUUAACUAGUUUUACCUGCUAUAUUAUGCAUUGAUUUGCAUUUCAAAAUAUAUGAUUGAAGGUUUAGCUUCUUCUACUAUUGAAGAUGUAGUCAUGGGAGGCUCAGGUCAACCAAUCCUUUGAUUUGGUAUCAAUCGUUUGUAUCAUCUAUGUAUGCUAUAUAUUGUCUUUUGAUUUGUCUCGCUUUAUUAGUUGACCCAUCAUGGAACAAAUGUUGCCAUUGAAUAUUAUGUAUGGUUUUUUAUUAGUUAUGCAACAUAGAUUGACUUUUGUAUGACUUGAAACUGAAUUUUUUUGGGGUCGUUUUUAGCCCUUAGUUUCUCGCCUGGGGCGUCAGCGAAUCCUGGGUCCGCCAUUGCGCAAUGCUCACACCGGAGCGCCGCUACAAGAUCUGGCAUGAGAUCCGGGCAAGACAAGUCGCGUGCGCCGCCCGCAUCACUGUCGGGCUGCCUCCGGACUCGCCGGAGCCGGACGAGGAGGAGCAGCCGGGGAAGAGGAGGAGUAGCUGGCUUCGAUGGAGGUGGAGGAGGCGGAGCAGCUAGAGCAACAGUUGCUAGGCUUCAACAUGGAGCAGGUGGCGGCGGAGUUCGCCGUCACCCAGUCCGACGAGAUGGUGGAGCAGCAGGCCAUCCUGAAGUCCAUCCAGGAUGAGGCCUAUGUGAAGGCCAACCCGGCGUUCCUCCAGCAGAAGCAGGCGGCGUCCGACGCACUCUUCGCCGAAGCCGGCGCGGAGAUAGCGAAGGAGGAGGCCGGAGCCAAGCAGCCGGAGGAGCCAGAGCUGCAACUGCCGCCAAUGCUGCCGGAGUCGGGCACGGAGAUUGUCGAUAUCUCCGACGAUGAGUAGCUAGGUGAUCGACGUAGUAUGUAGGUUUAUUUCGUUUGCAUGUCUUUGUAUGGAUUUAAAAAUCUAGAAUGAGAUGUUCUGCAACUAGUCAAAUUUGAGGCAUGCCCGAUCACUGUCCGCAGACGCGCCCUCCGCGUGCGUUUGAGGGGCCAUAUUUGACAUAUCCGACUAUAGAUGCUCUAACCUACUACACCACCCAGACCUAUCCGUCAAGCAAUUGCCGGUUUUGUAUUUAUUCAGAAGUAGGCUUAGUUUGGCAGAGGUGCAACGGAAGAAAAACAUAUCACAUGCCCGUAAC